AUGCCCCUCAGUAUUCUCAUCGUCGGCUGCAGCGUCGCCGGUCCCGCACUGGCGAGUUUUCUUCAGAUGGCACCCUUUCCUCCCGGACAACGACCGCGCAUAACCGUCCUCGAGCGUGCCCCAGCUGUCCGCAACAAAGGCCAGAAUGUCGACGUCCGCGGCGUCGGUGCCGCACUGCUCCGAAAACUGGGCAUCGAGAAAGCCGUCAAGGCAUCGACGACGGGCGAGGCCGGCGUGCAGUGGGUGACGUCGGCUGGCCACGUCUGGGCGCAGCUGGGCGGCGCCAGCGACGGCGACACGGGGCGGCACAAUCCGACGAGCGACAUUGAAAUAUUGCGGGGGCGCAUGGCGCAGAUUCUGUGGAAACGGAGUACGACCAUCGCCGACACCAAUGCGGUGGAGUACAUCUUUGGCGACCACCUGGACGGCAUUGAACAGGACCAUACGACCAACACGGUGACGGUGCACUUUGCCAGAGCCGGGACCAAGCGCACAUUUGACCUGGUUGUGGGCGCCGACGGCCUGCUGAGUUCCACGCGAUCCAUGGUCUGGGGCCCGGACCACGAGGCAGACUGUGUGCGUCCGCUCCACAUGUACGCUGGCUUCUUCAGUCUGCCGCAGGACGCAGCCGCCGGCGACGGCGACUACCGCCGCUGCUACCACACCCACGGCCGACGCCUGCUGUCGAUCCGUCCGGAAAGGCAGAACCACCGGUCGACGGCCUUGCUGACCGUCGUCAACGAAACGGACGAGAGACUGGCCAAGGCGGCACAAGGCCACGGCAAGGCGGUGGUGGCCGCCCAAAAAGAGCUGAUUCGGGACUACUUUGCCGACGCCGGCUGGCAGGCGCCGCGACUCGUACGGGAAAUGAUGGCCUCCGACGACUUUUACUACAGCAUGGUGGCGCAGGUCAAGAUGGCGACGUGGCACCGUGGGCGUGUUGUCCUGCUCGGCGAUGCGGCCCACUGUGCAUCGCAUCUCUCGGGGAUGGGCACGACCCUGGCACUCUUGGGCGCAUACCAUCUGGCCGCCUCUCUGGCGCAACACGCCGACGACGUGGAGACCGCACUGGCCGCCUACGAGGCCGACAUGCGCCCGCACGUCGACAAGGCCCAGAAGCUCAUGCCCGGCUUGCUGCGCAUCCUGUCGCCCGCGACGGCCUGGGGCGUGUGGCUGGUGGACACGACCAUCCGCUUCCUGGUGUGGUCGCGCCUGUUUCUGCUGGUGCUGCUAUUUAACGGUCCGGGCACAGGCGCAGAUGCCUUGCCCGAGGACGGAUUCACCCAGCCGCCAGAGUACGAGGAGUAG